AUGCCAGGUUCUGACCGCAAGGCCUCCGGCCUUGACCCUGUCCCCACUGCAGCUGCCCAGGGCCAGGAGCCCUGGAACUGCCCACUUCCCACGGAGGUUUUUCCGGUCUCCCUGCAGUACGAGGUGAGUGGGGCCUGGUACCACACCUGUGGCGGGACCCUCAUCAGCCCUGACUGGGUUAUCACUGCCAGCCACUGCAUCUCAAGUCAGGCCCCGAGUGACCUCUCGUCUGCCGGCAGGAGCUCCCAGACAUACCGGGUGGUGCUGGGCGAGUACGACCGGGCAGUCACGGAGGGACCUGAGCAGGUGAUCCCCAUCAAUGCUGGGGACAUCUUCGUGCACCCGCGAUGGAAGUCCUACUGUGCACCCUGCGGCAAUGACAUCACCCUCAUCAAGCUGUCGCGCAGCGCACAGCUGACAGCCAAAGUGCAGCCCGCCCAGCUCCCUCCUGCUGGGGACAUCCUGGCCCAUGGGACGGAAUGCUACGUCACCGGCUGGGGCACCACCUCCACCGGCGGGUCACUCCCGAACAAGCUACAGCAGGCGCCUCUGCCCGUGGUGGACCACGCACACUGCGCACGGCUGACCUGGUGGGGUUUACUCGUGAGGAGGAGCAUGGUGUGCGCCGGCGGAGGCGACGUCUCUGCCUGCAACGGUGACUCUGGAGGACCCCUCAACUGCCCCGCGGCAGAUGGCUCCUGGCAGGUGCACGGCGUGACCAGCUUCGCCUCCUCCCGCGGCUGCAACACUGAGAGGAAGCCCACGGUGUUCACCCGAGUGUCGGCCUUCAUUGACUGGAUCGAGGAGACCAUUGCAAGCCACUAGAACCAAGGCCCGGCUACCCGUGCUGACCCCACGUCCUGUGUAAAGAAUAAAGAGCUCUCUCAAGUCUCAAGUGGAUCUGUGUCCAUCAGUGACUUCCCCCCGGCCAGGUCCUGGUGAGAGCUGAUUUGCAGACGAGACCAGAGCCCCCUCUCCUGGGAGCACCAGGACAACACGCGGCCCUAGGAGAAGAAGGAGUGUGAUGGGGAGACUGACCCUCUUGGUGUGCCUGGGGCUGGGGGUUCAGGCCCUGGACUUCCAGUGUGGAAACUGAGGCAGAACCAGGAAAUCUGGGACAAGUAGGUCACCCUGGGGUAGAGCCCCACAGAGAGCAGCGGCAUCUCCAUGCAGACCUAACACAGUGAGUGACACCUGCAGUGGCUGAGCCUCUCUCGGAGGCUCACGGGACAGUGGGAAGGAUCAGGUGUUCCUGCCUCCACUGACUGGCAGGAGGAGGGCUGUGGUCAUUUGUUCACUCAGUAUCAUUCAUUCCUUACUUCAGAGGGGGCUCUGAGAGAGAGGGCAGGUGGGUCUGGCUCGGAAGUGGUUCAUUGUUUAGAGAGAAGUGAGCAUGGUGGAGGCAUCCAGCGAACACGGACGGGUGCCUCCCCAUGGCAGGCUCCAGGCUGGGAGUCCAGAGGUGAGAGGUGACAGGGAGACCCUGGGCUGCAGGGCGUGGGGCCACGCACAGGAACAGGGACGCGGGCAGGGCUGCACACAGCCCGGCCUGGCCAGCGCUCAUGGAGGCCAGAGCGCCCUCUGCUGUGCGGGCGGAAGAAACACACACGGCCCCGUCCCUGGUGGGCGCAUCAGUCACUGUCAGAAUUAGUGGGUUCCACUGUUCCUUUAAACA